ACACAGACUUGCCUUGCAAUGCCAUGUUUGUGCAUGUGUUUCUACAACUGAGAAGGAAACAGGGAGCCUGCCUGCCUUGCUGACUUGUCUGAUGUUUUCUUGUUUCUGUUUCAGCAUUCAGGAUAAAUCCUUCAACACCACAGCUUUAGCAGAGUGUGAUGAGGAUUCAGAUUCUGUUUGUGGAGCUCACGCAGCCAGUUCCAGCCCCAGAGAUGAUGAUAACAAAGAAAACUAUCCAGACAACACAGCUAUCCUAGAAGAAAGGUGGCCGCCUUUGCAAGAUACUCAGCAGCAGAAGGAGCAGGCUUUGAAGCCUGACAUGGGCAACUUAAAGCUAAGAAAACCUAAGCCUGUCUCAAAGUUAGAAAAUGGAAAAGGCCACGAGGAAAGUCAGGAGCUGGAGAGUUCAUUGCCAGGCCUCCCAGAGCGGCAAGGGAAGGCAGGAUCCUCAGCUAAUGACUGUGCAUGGAAUGUGGAUUUUAGAUGCCAGGAAGCUGUUGUGAGAUUUCAGCCAAGAAUUGAUCAAAACACAUGUGUUUCACAAAAUGAAGCAACCGAGCAACUAUGCAGCUCAAAUGAGAAUUCUUUGUUGAAGCUACAAGCCCUCGAAACGGAUCUGUGCUCUGCGUUUCUGCCAACCCAGGAGGAAACUCCCCAGCUGCCAGCACCCAAGGAUCCAGCCCCUUCAUCAGUCCAAACCAGUGUGCAAGCUGAUGGGGCCAGUAGUGGAGAGCCUUUACCAGCCCACAGAGACUGGCAGAAUGACAUGGACAGCAGCCCACAAGAACAUCGCUCCCUAGGAGCCAGUCGAUUGCUGUAUCACAUUACUGAUGGAGACAAUCCUCUUUUGUCACCACGCUGCUCUAUCUUUAGCCAAAGCCAGAGAUUUAAUUUAGACCCAGAAUCUGCCCCUUCUCCACCAAGUGCUCAACCUUUCAUGAUACCAAGAAGUUCUUCUAGAUGUAACUGCGAAGAGUGCAAAGAGCCCCAAACAGUAGCACAACUUACCAAGCAUCUUCAGAGUCUCAAGAGAAAAAUUAGGAAGUAUGAAGAAAAGUUUGAGCAAGAAAAAAAAUACCUGCCUUCACAUGGUGACAAGACUUCCAAUCCUGAAGUUCUAAAAUGGAUGAACGAUUUGGCCAAAGGUCGUAAGCAGCUCAAAGAGCUGAAACUCAGAAUGUCAGAAGAGCAAAACUGUACCUUCAGAGCAGGCCAAAGAAAGGACAGUAGUGAAAGUGCUGGGACCCCCAUAGAGACUGGGACACAGGAGGCCACAAGCAUGGAACCAGCUCCUUCAGCAGAAGAAACCAUGGACAGUGUAUUGAGACAACUAAAGGAGAAAAGACAACACCUCAACAUUCCUGAGACUAUUAAGGUAACUAAACAAGAAAAGAGUCUUAUGAAACCUCUUUAUGACAGAUACAGAAUUAUCAAGAAACUUCUUGCAACUCCAUCACUGAUCACAACAAUUCAGGAAGAAGAAGACUCAGAUGAAGACCAUUCUCAAAGCAGCCAUGAGUUAUCAUCUGGUCCAAUAUCUUGCCUCCCUAUUGAUGAGCACCUGUGUUACUCUCAGGAGGAGAGUGAGCCUGCAUAUGUCUCACCUCCAAAUGAAAAGAAAACUUUAAGACAAACAGCCUUAUCUAUGUCCAAUUUACAUGAGGCAACCAUGCCUGUUCUGCUUGAACAUCUCCGAGAAACAAGAGCAGACAAGAAAAGGCUUCGCAAAGCUUUAAGAGAGUUUGAAGAACAAUUCUAUAAGCAGACAGGAAGGAGUCCUCUAAAGGAAGAUCGUGUACCUAUGGCAGAGGAAUACUCAGAAUACAAGCACACAAAAGCCAAAAUCAGGCUCAUAGAAGUUCUCAUCAGUAAGCAUGAUGUUUCCAAAACAAUUUGAAAUCAGUACAAUGCAGUGGUGUCAUUCUCUAGCAAAUCAAACAAACAAUAAUGGAAAAACAAAGUGGUAGUUUUAGAGGUCUUGGUCAGCUGCACAAUUAUUUGACAUGCUGAGAUCUUUUGAUGCACUUUACCAAUUCUAAAAGCGGGGAUGAGGGAGGACAGCAAUAUAUGAGAAUAUUAAGAAUGGGUGAGUGAACUAUAUAUAGAACAUAUAUAUAUUUUUUCACUUUAAAGCCUUGAAGUGCACUGUGAGAAUGUUAGAAAUUAAAAGGACACCGAAGUAUUGUUGACUCUGUUUGACUUGUUCCUAGGUUUAAAAAGUGUGAGGAAAUGUCUCCAGGUUAUUAGUACAUCUUAGAAUACACUAAUGUACCACAUGCUUUUAUUUUUUUUUUUAAACAGAAUUAACAUGCAGUAUAAAUAAAACUAUAACUAUUGGUUCUCAACGUGCUGAUUGGUUCACUAGAUUAAAAGAAACACAAGCAAGUAAGUUUAAAACAAUAAAUUCUGUCUUUCAAGAUGGAGUUGCCACUUAAUUCCAGUACAUUCAAGGGAAAAAAAUUGACAGGAUUUAGAGGAAGGAGGCAUGACUGCCAAAUGGAAUUACUGUAUUUCAGAAAUAAGAGAAAGACUUGGCAAAACAAAACAUUUGAAGUUUACCAGGAAGAGAUUUAGCAAACGUAUUGGAUGCUGUCUUUUUCAUUAUGGUUCACAGGACUUGGCUUAUGGUACGUAAAAUUGGGUAAAUAGACCAACUAUAUGCUAAUUUUUAUUUCCAUACUGAAUUUCUGCACUUUAUUUUGCCUGAUGCUAUGAUGUUUGCUUUUCUGAUUACCAAAGCUUGUUUAGAAGCAUGCACUUUGUACAAUGUCAAGUUAUUUAUUUCCUGCGUCAUACAAAUUGCCACAUAUAUAUAAAGACUAGAGUAUUGCAUUAUGCUAAGAUAUUUUGGAUAGAUAAAGUAAAGUACCUGGCAUAUAACUGAGUGUCACAGUUAUCUGAUAAGGAACACUAGACUUCUUGUUUACUAUAAAAAAGAUUAUAAAGAAGAUAUUUUUCCAUUCAAAUGAUACAUCUUUCUUAACUUUCGGAGCACCAGACUUUGUAAUAUUAAGGAAAUUUUCCCUCUAUUUGUGAUAAGUCAUUGGUGUGAAUUGUUAACAGAAGGAUUAUCAGCGUUUUUGUACUAGAAAUGAAAAGCAGGGAUUCUGGGAAAUACUUAGCCCAGGCAUAAAGAAAGGAAGAAUGAGAGAAGAAAAACAGGGAUGUGCGUAAGUUGAAACGUGUUUUGUGUUUUGGUUUAACUGUCAUUUUGUAUUGGCCAUAUAUUAUAAGGAACCUGUUUUAUACCUAUCUUGGUAAGAAAUUUUUCAUUUUAUAAAGCCUAUUAUGUGCCAACCACGUUCGUAUUUAUAUUGUAUGUGAUGAUGGGGCAUGUUUUUGAAGACGUACGCAUUUUCAAGUAGCUUGGAGGAAAAAGUAUGAUGACUAUAAAAGGAUGUUUUUAUUUCUCAGAAGUUUGUUGUUUCAGUGUACCAAUUUAAUAAUUUGUAACUCAAAUUUUAUGAAUCAGAAUGGUCUCCUUCAUAAAUCUGUUUUAAUUAAAGUCAUCUAGAGCAACAGGAACAGAUACAGAGCUAUUUGAAGUUUACAAACUACAUCUUUGAUAAGGGAAAAUGAUUUCAUGACAUAUGUAUACAAUUGAUAUUAAAACGUAAUCUAUAUAUUCUAUAUGAUUGUAUAAUAUUUUAUACAACAGUACAAAUAAAAUAU